CGAUAUUCGGUAUUGAAUUUCGAAGUAGGUCGUUUUUAGGCGCAUAGUUAAAUCGUCUAGGCCGAACCGGUGUUGAGUUUGUUUUUAUCUUGGAAUUCCUUAACUAGAUUCUUGUUAUCCAAUCUUAUUAUUUACAUAGACAAAAUUUGCACCUCUAUAGUAUGGAAAAGGGUCAGACGUUUCGUAAACAGAAUAAAGAAAAAUUGCAAAAAGAAAGUCAUAGUGAAAUAGAAAGGAAACGUCGUGAACGAAUGAAAUUAGAAACAGAAUUUCUACACCGUCAAGUACCACAUUCACAAUGUAAAGAUAAAUUAUCCAUUUUUCUUGCUGGAGCCGAACGACUUAUUCAUUAUAACAGUAUGUUUGAUGCUUAUCAAUUACUGUAGUAAUCAUAAUGACCAUCAUUAUUGUUAUUAUUAUCACUAUUAUUAUCAUUCUUUUCAAAUAUACUGUAUACUUUGUUUAGAUAAAUUAGGAAAAAGGGAAUAUAUCAUCAACGAUGAAGAAUAUUCACGAAUUGUUAUCAAUACUAUUAAUGGAUUUGGUAUACAUGUCAAAUGUUCCAGUGGUGAAAUAUUAUAUGAAGAAAACUCUGAAAAAGUACUUGAUAUUCCUCAAAGCAGUUUUCUAGGCAAAACAAUUUAUGAUUUAGCUGAACCAAGUGUUAAUACAAAAAGAAUUAUCACUGAUAGUCUCAUGUUUUAUGGUUCAGAGAUGCAACAAGCAAGAGAUGGACACCUCGUUUCAAGAAAUUUCAUCAUUGCCAUGCGUUGCGGAUCUGGCAUUCCAGUAAAAAAUUGUAUACGUGGUUCUGAUGGUCAGCUAUAUCGAUUUAUAGAAUUCUGUGGGGAUAUUGUUUAUCAAAAUGAUAAUGAUUGUUCCGAAGCUUAUUAUUUAUUCCGUGGUGUCUGUCGCCCUUUGGAUAUAGCUUGUCCAACUGUUUCCGAUAAUUCAUUUGAGAAACCCACUUCACCUAAUAAAACUAUCAGUUCUGAUCAUGUUACUUUACGGAUUGGAGUGAAUACUUUGUCAAUAACAGAAGUUGUUGGAAAUUCACUAUCAAUACUUGGUUGGGAUGCUAAAGACUUGUUGGACAAACAUGUUGAAGAAUUUGUUACCAUUCCUGAACAAAAUAUUGUCACACACGCAAUACAAGAAACUGUUAAAAAUGGCUUAUCUACAAUAUUUAUUAAUUGGUUAAACCACGGGAAAACAAAGUCAGUGUACUUGAAAGCUGUGUUUACAGCCAUCCAAUUGAAUACCUUUCUUUACUGUAUUAUCUGCAAGCUAUAUUCAACUGAAUUUCCUGCGUUAACUCAAUCCAAACCAGAACCACAGAAACCGGUUUUCAAAUCACCAGACUACUCAGAAUUACAAGUAACUAAUAACGAAACAAUGGCUCUAUUUGACUGGAACGAUUCAUUUAACUACAACACUACAACUAAAAUGAAAUCAAGUGAAUUUCCAAUGGGAUCAUGUCAGCAUACAACUAACAACAGUAUUAACAAUACACCAGUCUGUAGACCUGAUACACUAAACGUUACGGAUGAACAUCGUAUUGAUCCAGCGAAAAGCGAUGGGGGCGGACAUUUUCAUGCUUUGGAUAUUCCUUAUCGAUCUAUACAGGAAACAAAUGGACAAUGUUCAGUAACUAGUAUAUCCAAUAAAAAUGACACAACGCAUAUUCCUCCAUCUACAUGUACUUAUGGUGAACAUUUUGAAACACUUCAACAUCCUAUUUUCUCUCUUGAAGCAGAUGAUAUGAUUUCGGUUGAAAAUAAUCAAACAAGUGACUCCAAAUACUUGCCAGAUAAUACAAAUGAUUUAAAGUACAAUAAUAACGAUGGACAAGACUGGCGCCAGCUUCCAUUGAAUACUAGUUUCAGUAGUAUGUUUUCUGAAAGUGGACUACCUGAAUUAUUCAGUUCUGAUUAUAUAAAAGAUUUGAUUGAAGAAGAUGUAACCGACCUGUGAUGUUUUUUUUGUUUCAAUAAUUUCAAAAUCUUUACUACCUAUGAAGUAUGUGCAAUCAUCCCUUUUUUAAUUUCAAAACUUGAUUAGAGAACAAUUAUUAUUUUUCAAACCACUGAUUUCACUGACUGCAUAAUUAUCCUCUGUACAACAUACAAAAAAUAUUCUUGUGAAGUGAAAAUUCUUCAUUUGCUAAUAUAUUUUGUAUUAAAUGAUC